AACAUUUACCAAUUUACUGGAAACAGUGCUUAUGCCUGGAACCUUCGCCGCACCUGCUAUAUAGGUUACGUUUUGCCUUCACCUUUCCUCACAAAUGAAACUUUUCUUCGGCUCGCUCUUUUUCGUUUGCCCGAGAAGCUUUGUGUGUUUUUUUUAACACUAAGCUAAAUAAGUAUCUAUAUUCGCUUGCCAUGGAUCAACCACCAUCGUAUCAGCCAGAGUUUGUCCCAAUGAACGGAAAUAAGUACAUGCGUCUUGAAGACCCUCACGGAGCGCCCAAGUUCCAACAUACCUUCGUAUUGGGACAGCCCCAGCCCGUUGUGCCUCAGCCCAGAGAUCACAUUAUCUGGUCACUUUGCAGCCUCGUGUACGGCAACCCAUUAUGUCUCGGAAUGUUAGCGGUGUAUUUCUCCAUAAAGUCCAGGGAUAGGAAGAUGGUUGGAGACUUGGAGGGAGCAAGAAAACACGGGAAGACUGCACGCUGCUUUAAUGUUGUGACCCUGACCCUGGUCAUCCUCGGGCUGCUCUUCCUCUUUAUCAUCUAUGGUUUCUUCAUCUACAAAAUCUCACACUUGUAGUGUAGUUCCAGUCUUUGCUUUUGUCAAAAGUGUCUUUCCAGAUGUUUACACACCUCUCUAGGAUUGUGUCCUAAUACAUUUCUCUUACACACACACACACACACCACAGAAUUUCCUUCAGCACUGUGUACCAGAAGUUAUUUGCACUUCUUUAGUUUAGUGUUUUAGAGAUGCAAGAUGAUUCUGUUGAAGUUACAUUCAAAUGUUAUUUUCAUCAAUAAAUAUACGUUUUGGAAAUGCA